UGGAUAUCAAGCAACGAGUCCUGUCGCACCUUCUUAACCAAUAAUCGAGUAACCACAAAAAAGUCAAUAUGCUUAAACAUCUCAUCUGUGUUGCGCUAUGCUUGUUGACCUUCGUCUGUGCCGACAACAUUGACAAAAAUGCCGAAAUACGCAGCUUUCAAAGUGACGCAUCCGAUGCCGAGGGCAACUACCAGUUCUCCUAUGAGACUAGCAAUGGCAUUCAACGUCAGGAGGCCGGCAGUUUGGCCGGUGUGCGUGGCUCACUGAAUUACGUAUCGCCCGAAGGUGAGCGCAUCUCCUUAAGCUAUACCGCCGACGAGGAAGGCUUCCAUCCGACCGGUGAUCACCUGCCGACGCCACCGCCGGUGCCAGCGUAUGUGUUGCGUGCCCUCGAAUAUAUACGCGCACAUCCACCACUACUGAAGGAGGAGAACUAAAAACAUGCAUGGAAGUCUAUGUGUAUAUAAGCCAAGAAUUACCGGUUUAUGAUAGCACCAUAGGUCAAAUGCCCAGUGGCAUGUCCAAGUGACGCGACGUGUUAAUUGCCACUUAUAAAUUUUUGUAUUGUUUUAUGUCUCCACAUUGUUUUCUUUUUCAUUUGUUUUCUACACAUAUUCUUCUCUUCGGCUAAUUUGCUUGUGCAUCUUAUGCUUUUUCGCGCGCGCAGUUGGCGGUAUACUAAGUCAUUACUUGUAAUUAAUAGUUUUUGUUUAAUAAAUGAAGUGAAUACAAAUGAAAAGACAAA